AUGGAAAAAUCGGAUCUUCUUUGUGAAGCAGUAUCAUAUAAGAUGUUUUAUAAUAAUUCAUUAGUAGUUGAUGAAAAUUUAUCUCCAGAUAAUCCAUUAUUUUGGAGUCGUCCAACACCUAUUAAUUGUAAUACAGUACGAAUAAUUGGAAUAUUUUUAUGUCUUGCUGGAUUUAUUGGUAUUAUUUUAAAUGGUGCACUUUCUUAUAGUUUUAUUCGAUAUAAAUUUCUUCGUACUCCACCUAAUAUAUUUAUAAUGUUUAUUUCGAGUAUUGGUCUUUUAGCAUCAUGUACUAUUAUACCAUUAGCAGAAUGUAUGUGGUCCAGUAUAGAUUUUCAUGCUGAUUAUAAAUAUGUUGUUUAUUUUGUUUUUCGACUUAGUUUUGAUAAUGAAAACUACAAUAAACAACACUAUUCUUGA